AUGAGGGUCGGGCCGUUCGUCCUGCUGUGGGUGCUGACCUUCACAGGAAACGAAGCGCAGCUGGAUGUUUGCGGCACCGCUCCGCUGAAAGUAGCGAGUGAAUCCAGGAUUAUCGGGGGCCAGGAUGCUGCUGCGGGGUCGUGGCCCUGGCAGCCGUCACAGGCGGCGUAUUUUCUCUCCAGCGCCUCAGACGUGACCGUUUUCCUCGGCCGCGACACACAGGAAGGUCCGAACCCUCACGAGGUGUCCCGCUCGGCGUCCCUGGUCAUCAAACAUCCGAACUUCGACGAGAAGACCAAGGAGAACGACGUGGCGCUGCUGCGGCUGUCCUCGCCGGUGCAGCUCAGCGACCACAUCAGGCCCGUGUGUCUGGCGGCGGACCGGAGCUUCUUCCCGGACGGACUGAGCACCUGGAUCACCGGCUGGGGGGACAUCCAGACCGGCGCGUUUCUUCCUUCACCUCAGCGGCUGCAGGAGGUCAAAGUUCCCAUCGUGUCCCACAUUCAGUGCGACGCCGCCUACGGCUUCAUCACCACCAGCAUGAUCUGUGCCGGUCCGGAUGUGAGGGGGCAGGGAUUCUGUGAGAAGGACUUGGGCGGCCCGCUGGUGACCCUGAACGGCUCCCGGUGGGUCCAGGCCGGCGUGGCCAGCUUUGCCCAGGGCUGCGGUUAUCCCGACUUCCCGGGAGUCUACACCCGGGUGUCGGCGUACCAGUCCUGGAUCAGCAGCCAGGUGUCCGACCCCGACCCCGGGCCGGGCUUCAUCACCUUCUACUGCUCCGGAGCCGCUAAGGACAACGUCCUCCGUCUGUCCUCGCUAGCCUCCGUCCUGCUCGCGCUCUGGAUCCCGUCAUAG